AUGGAAGAAAAAGACAACGCCGUUCGACAGAUUGAACGCGACAACUCCAGCCAUGUCAGCUCCAAUGAGGAGAAGGGCGUGGCUCCCGCAAACGCGUAUCCUAUGAGAGACGAAGACUACGUGGUAACGUUCAAGACAUGGAUCGUAGUCACCAUACUUGCCUCCGCGUACGGAGUUUCGUUCUGGAUCGUCCCAGCUAUCGCCCCUAUCGCCACAGAGGUGGCCACCAAGCUUGGUAACCCUGCGGCCGCGGGCUGGUUUACCAGUCUCUACACCAUCUGCAAUGCCAUCGCCUUCAUGAUCUGCGGCGCCAACAGCGACUUGUUCGGACGAAGAUGGUUUCUUAUCGGUGGCAAUGUCCUCCUGUUACUUGGACACCUAUUGUGUGGCCUCGCGAAGAACUCAACCAUGAUGAUUGCCGGCUUUGCAAUCAUUGGCUUUGGUGCUGGAAAUGCCCAGCUCGCUGCAUUCGCGUUGCCCGAGCUGCUUCCUAACAAGUGGAGGCAUAUAAGCGUCACGAUUGCAGACCUUGGCACGUGGAUUGACGUCGUCGUUGGCUCGAUCGCUGGACGCUACGCCAUUGUACAUGGUGACGCAUGGCGCUGGCUAUUUCAUGCCCCGUCGAUCGGUGCUGGAAUCUCAGUCGUCUGCCUUUACGCGCUUUAUUAUCCCCCGCAACAUCCCCGUGGUCUUGGUUUCAAGCGUGCGUUGAAAGAGCUUGAUUAUAUUGGGGGUAUCUUGUUCAUCCUCAGCGCUACGUUGAUCCUUGUCGGCAUUGUCUACACCGAGUUGAUAUCCUCCAGCUCACCCAGGGUUAUUGGUCUGCUGUCUGCAGGGUUUGGAACGCUCGUCGUCUUCAUCCUGUUUGAGAACAUUGGACAAAAGAAGGGAUGGAUUAAGCAACCACUAACACCAACACACAUCUUCACGGCGGACAAGGGUCGGGAGUUUACUUUCCCGUUCAUUGUCGGAUUUGUGGUCACCAUGUUCUAUUAUAUGACCAACAUCGUUUAUCCGACACAAUGUGCUGUCUUCUUUACGACUCCAACAACGACGCUUCGAGAGACGGCACUCAUGACUCUCCCUUCCAACUUUGGUCUUGUGUUUGGUGAAAUCCUGCUCAUCACCUUCGGGACCAGCCUCGGACAUUGGAAGUGGACGCUCACCGGCUCUGUCACCAUCAUGGUCCUGUUCGGUGCUCUUCUCGGACUGGGCACUCCAGACAGGAAGGGAAUGCUCAUGGCGUUCGUGUUCAUCUCACAGAUGGGAUUCGGUUGGGCUCAGAUGCUCUCUAUCACAUUCAUUCAGUUCGGUGUCCCACAAGUUGAGCUGGGCAUCAGCGGCGGUCUCGCAGGCGUCACACGCUUCGCUGGCGGAGCUAUCGCCAUUUCUGUGUACACGACGAUCAACAGCAAUGUCCUCAAGACGUGGUCCAAGCGACUGAUCCCACCCGCAGCGCUGGGCGCUGGGCUCCCGGAAUCUAGUCUGACUGCAUUCAUGGAGGCAUUGCCCUUGGGUUCUGCUGCACUUGCAAAAGUUCCGGGAAUCACGACCGAGGCGAUCGUGGCUGGUGGUGCUGCACUACAGCAGGCGUACGUCCAUGCUCUGAAGGUCACUGCGCUUUCCAGCUUGAGUUUUGGCAUCCUUGCCAUCAUUGCCUGUGUGUGCUGCAACGACAUAGGCCACAAGAUGAACUCUAAGAUCGAAGUGUUCCUUGAGAACGACGAGUUUGCGGACAAGAACGUGUAUCAUUAG